UCCGCUUUGUCCCAAGAAGAUGAAAACCCUCUCUCUGCCCGCAACUCACCGCUCGACGCGGGCUUCUUUUACCGGCGACGCUUCCUCGGCGAACCGCACAAGUCUGGCCGCCGGUUAACCUCCAUUUCCUAUCUCCAUGCCGUCUAUGGCGUGUCACAGAUCGGAUAGAUCCGGUGGCCGCCGCCUCACCUGGCUCGUCAAAUCCUGCUGGCCAGACACACUUCCGGAGGCCCACCGCAAAUUCGCCCACGUCCCGCCGGAGGACCACCAGCCGUCUUCCAUCUCCGCCCUUCCUGACGACCUACUCACUGAGUGCCUCGCUCGACUCCCUUCAUUCUCCCUCCGCUCCGCCUCUCUCGUCUGCCGCAAGUGGGCGGAAACACUAUCCUCCCAGGCCUUCUAUGAUGCCCGGCGCCGACUCGGACGUCUCAACCACCUGCUCACGGCGUUCUCCGGCGCCCCCUCGGUCGUCCUUUCGGCUACUCUUCCCCUCUCCGCUCCGUCGGAUUGGGCGCCCGCCCGCCCGCUUCCACUCUCCGGCCUAACCCUCUCCCACCUAGCCGUUGUCGGCCGGGACAUCUACCUCCUCGGCCGUACUCCGUCCGCUGCAUCGGUCACUCUCCGGUACGACCCAUGGUCCGGUUCCGUUUCGCCGCGAGCACCGAUGCGCCGCCCGCGUAAGCGCUUCGCGGCUUCCGUCAUUGCCGGGAAGCUCUAUGUUGCUGGCGGAGCCGUCCGCACGCUCAGCGGCGGCCGGGAGGCGGUGAACUCCGUGGAGGAAUACGAUCCAAUAACCGAUACAUGGCGAGACGUGUCGGUGUGCGCGACGCCCCGGUACGGGUGCCAGGGCGCGUCGGUGGGAGGCCUGUUUUUCGUGCUCGGCGGUGUGAGGAUCGUGGGGACAGCGGGGCCCAGAAGGAGGGAGGGCUACGUCUACGAAUCGAACAUGGACACGUACGACGCCGAAGCGAUGACGUGGCGGCGGAGGAGGGCGGUGGUGCCCAUCGGCGGCUGCGUGGUGGCGUCCUGUGGAGCAGGAGAGUUCGUCUACGUACUGGCGAGUCACGCGGUGGGCGUUUCGUUCUGGCGGUACGACUGGAAGCGGGACGAGUGGCAGAGAGAGCCGAAUCCGGCAGUGGGGGAGGGCGGCGCGCCACCGGUCCGGGUCGACAACGCCCUCAGGUUCACUCUUGCCUCGGCCGGUAACCGGGUUCUCCUCGUCCAGACCGGCGGGAGCGUGUGCGACCUUUGGCGCCGGAGCGGGCGCAGCGGCCGCGGCUCGCCGGAGGGCCUGGUUCUCGUUUACCACUGCGAGACGGGCGAGUGGAGCCGGGCGCCGGACCUGCCUGUCGCAGUCAAUGGCGCUGUUUGUGGGUGCGUCUACUGUUGAGACAAGGACGGUUUUGAUCUUCGGAAGGGUUGGAUUACUGGUUUCGGGAGGUAACGAUUUCGCAUUCCUGUUGGCCAUGACUGUUCCAGAUUGAGAGUUGGUAUUUACAUGAAUGGUGCAGAUUGGAAGUUCGUAUGUCCUUUUGCGGGUGCUGGAUCCGCAGCCUGGUUAGAUGUGUGACUUGGGUUUCUUUCAUCUUUGGAUUGAUGGGGAACUGCUGGAAAUGUGAUUACACAUGGUUUGAUUAGGGUUGAUCCAAACGGUAAACUUGAUGCAGGAGUGCAUAAUGGGAGUAUUAGUAUAGAAAUUUUAGAAAGGGCAAAAGAGGAAGAAGAAAGAAUGAAGAGGAUUUGAUGGUUGGAACAGUAACAAAGUGAGAAGUUAUCGAAGAAUGUGAAGUAACUCUGGUUAUAGCAUGACAUAGAAAGAAAUGAAGGUAUUGACCUCGUCGCGCCGACUUGGUUAAAGCUUGAUGAGGAUGGGUAUGAUUCUUUUCUCGGCUAAGUCAUUGAUAUUCAGUGUUCUAUCAUCAAGAUACAUAUCUUAUAUGCCAUUUACUAUUUAAUGAAGUAAAUAUGUUCCUUUAUAUGUAAAUGCAAGUUGGUUGCAGGUGGGAAGCAGAUUAAGGUUAGACUUGCAUUUUCAUAUUGCAGGAGAUCCUCCAUUUUGGCUCUCACAACUGUACAUUAUGCCAAGAUCUUGAUCUUCAUUGCUUUGUUGCAGUAUUCUAUGACCUUUUAAUCCAUUUAGUCUGAAGAUAAUAAAUUAUUAUCAUUAUGGU